CCACCCUCUGACACCAUGGUUAACUCUUGUUGUGGCUCUGCCUGCUCCGAACAGGGCUGUGAUCAAGGCCUCUGCCAAGAGACCUGCUGCCGCCCCAGCUGCUGCCAGACUACCUGCUGCCGCCCCAGCUGUGUUGUAUCCAGCUGCUGCCGCCCAUCCUGCUGUCAGACUACCUGCUGCCAGACCACUUGCUGUCGCCCCAGCUGCUGCCGCCCAGUCUGCUGUCAGACCACCUGCCACCCCAGCUGUGGUGUGUCCAGCUGCUGCCGCCCAGUCUGCUGUCAGACCACCUGCCGCCCCAGCUGUGGUGUGUCCAGCUGCUGCCGCCCACUCUGCUGUCAGACUACCUGCUGCCGUACAACUUGCUGCCGCCCCAGCUGCUGUGGAUCCUCUUAUUGAACCUCAUAUUGGACUAUCAACCAUGAGCCAGCCACCAUCACACCAAUAUGAAAGUGUCAUUUAUACCAACUUGUCCAUGUGUUAAAUGGCCACCAGCUUUAUUAUCCUGUUAUUCCACUAAGCAACUGGUGAAAGGGCAU